UGAGGUAGGGGACAAAAAAAUAUGAGCUGGGAACGGGACUACUUCGAUCGGGAACCUCUUACCCCGGGACUCGAUGGCGCCGCCGCCGCCGCCGCCGGUGGCCAAGAAGGUGCCGCGUCAGCUCGUGGACCACGGCGACGUACGCGUCGACAACUACUACUGGCUCCGCGACGACUCCCGAUCGGAUCCCGACGUCCUCGCGCACCUCCGCGCCGAGAACGACUACACCGCCGCCGUCAUGUCCGAUGUCAAGCAACUCGAGGAUGAAAUAUAUGCUGAAAUCAGAGGAAGGAUUAAGGAAGAUGAUAUCGAUGCACCUCUUCGCAAAGGGCAGUACUACUACUAUGAAAGGACAUUGACUGGCAAGGAUGUGAAAAUACAGGAAGUCCAGCUCUUUGACAACCAUAUUGCUGUAUAUGAGCGUGAGAAUGGCCUACCCAAAGUAACCUUAUAUCGGCUACCUGCUAUUGGAGAGUCAAUUGGACAACUUCAGGGAGGUCGAACAAUUGAUUUUAUUGAUCCAACAUAUGCUGUGGAUCCUGAGGAGUCUGAGUUUCAUUCAUCUGUUCUUCGAUUUAAUUAUAGCUCAAUGAGGACCCCGCCCUCUGUCUACGACUAUGAUAUGGAUUCAGGGGUUUCAGUGCUGAAGAAGAUUAAACCCGUUUUAGGUGGAUUUGACGCAUCAAAUUAUGUAACAGAAAGGAAAUGGGCUGCUGCUGCCGAUGGCACUCAGAUCCCGAUGUCCGUUCUGUACAGAAAAGAUCUUGUGAAGCUUGAUGGCUCAGACCCAAUGCUGCUAUAUGGCUAUGGCUCCUACAAGAUUUGCAUCGACCCGACAUUCAGAGGAUCCAGAUUAUCUCUGGUAGAUAGGGGUUUUAUAUAUGUGAUAGCUCAUAUUCGUGGUGGUGGUGAAAUGGGCCGGAAGUGGUACGAGGAUGGGAAGCUUUUGAAGAAGAAGAAUACUUUUACUGAUUUCAUUGAUUGUGCCGAGCACUUGAUAAAAAACAAAUACUGUUCCAAGGAAAAGCUUUGCAUCAAUGGAAGAAGUGCAGGUGGCCUACUGAUGGGUGCUGUCCUAAAUAUGAGGCCUGACUUAUUCAAGGCUGCUGUUGCCGGAGUCCCUUUUGUUGAUGUUGUCACAACUAUGCUUGAUCCAACUAUCCCACUGACAACAGCUGAAUGGGAGGAGUGGGGUGAUCCGAGAAAAGAAGAAUACUACUACUACAUGAAAUCAUAUUCUCCUGUUGACAAUGUGGCAGCGCAAGAGUAUCCCAACAUUCUUGUCACGUCUGGCUUAAAUGAUCCUCGCGUGAUGUACUCUGAACCUGCGAAGUACGUGGCGAAGCUGCGGGAUCUCAAGACGGACGGCAAUCUUUUGUUGUUCAAGUGCGAGCUGGGUGCUGGGCACUUCUCCAAGUCGGGAAGGUUUGAGAAAUUGCAGGAAGAUGCUUUUACUUAUGCGUUUAUCCUCAAGGCACUGGGCAUGACUCCAAAGAUGGCUUCACUGUGAAUGUGACUCCAAAGAUGAAUGGGAUGGGAAGGAACUUGGAUUCAUUCAACUCAUCAUUUGUUCUCUCUCUUUGGCAGUAGAAUGAGAUAGAAUUUGUUGAUUGGCAUGCCCAUGUCAUACUCCCUUCUUCCCUAAAUAACCAUUAUUUUCGCUUCCCGAGAAACAACUUUGACUAAAUAUAUAUAAAAAUAUAUUAAUAUUUAUGAUACAAAAUUAAUAUCAUUAGAUAGACAUUUGAAUCUAGUUUUUUAAUAAAUUUAUUUGAAGGUACAAAUGGUGCACAUAUUUUCUGCAAAUCCAGUCAAAUUUAGCGGCGGAUGAGUAUGUGUUAUGUUUAUGUGUGGCAGGCCCUUGGGCCCGGGCAUCUGCGCUGGUGCAGUGGCAGCCGAAAAAGGUGGACUGUGGGAGGAGCAUAGGAAGGCCCAGGAACCCAUGGGGGUCAGGAGGGGAGGACAGUCCGCUGACGCUGACACCUCGGCUCCUCUCCUCCUUGGUCGUGCGUGGUGCCUGCCGACAUCCACCGUACGGCCUGUCAGUUGUCAGCUUGCCAAACAAAGGCAAAGAUUGACCUUGCCUUGGAGUCUUGCACUGCCAUUUCGGGUCAUGCCACGAAUUGGCAUACCUAACCUGACCUCCUCUCUUGCUAGUUGCUACUGUUGAGCUACCAUGGGCCUCUCUCUAUAAUUAGAGCAAACAAUGUUGACCCAAUCACUACCAUGGGACUGGCUGGGCCUCUCUCUAUAAUUAAAACCCAAAGCUUCUUGAUAUAUGCACA